AGCCAUGGGGGCGGAAUUAAUUUUGGUGCUGGCCAUAAUAUCAGGUGUAAAUGCCGUAAAUUUGGACAGUAUUACAUCUUGUUUAGUCAGAGAAUACAAUUUAUUUGCUCAGAAACCCCACAUCACAUCCCUUGGCGAGAUAUUAGAGUGUUCUGGUUACAUCAAAGUCAAUUCCUGCUGGGGACGGUGUGAUUCAAGCGAGAUAGCGGAUUAUAAAAUACCAUUUAAGAUUAGUAACCAUCCAGUGUGUACAUAUGCAAGAGUUCAGAAGCGGCGCGUGCGCCUUCCAAAUUGUCACCCCGAACAUCCGGACCCGUAUUAUGUCGUGUUUGACGCCUUGGCGUGUUCGUGUCGCUAUUGCAAUUCAAAGUACACAAGUUGUGAAACUCUUAAUGGAUAAUCUUAUCAAGGCUUAAUUCUUACAUCAGGAACGUCUGUCCAAACAUGGAAAGAGGAACACCCCCAUUGACUCACUUAGUGUGAUACUACGUGCUUGAUCCUACAAAACGUCAUUAGAAGUGUACGAAACAUGAUCGUCCGUCCAAACACUUUCAUUAAUUCCUGACAUGGGAAAAAGUUUGUAUACAAAUAAAGUGAAUAGAUGUUUUGGGUAGAUUACAAACAGUGCAAUCUAUUUAUUGACUUUUGUGUGUAUUUAUUGACAUU